AUGGAAAAUACUGAUAACGAUGAUGAUCAUGAUGAUGAUGUGGAAAUUGCUCACAAUACUGAUGAUGAUCAUGAUGAUGAUGAUGACGACGACGGUAAGCUGAUGAUUGAUGAGAGUAUGGUUAUUGAAAUGGAGAAUGAAGCUGGAGGAGUGGUAAAGGCGGAAAUCAAGGAAGAAAAUGAGAGCAUCGACAGUGAUGCUGAAACUAUUGUUUAUUCGUUCAAUCCCCCGACUGGAGUACCUGUCAAGAAGGACAAGGAUGAGAGUGAUGAUGAAACCAUUUUCAACUCGCGUGAUGAUUAUGAGGAAAAUCGUGCAGCGGAAAUCGCUGAGGGAGAAUUUUUUGGGAGUGAUUUGGGUGGGGGGUCGACAUUAGUAUCAGAGCUCAAGGUAGAAGAAAUGGAUUUGGGGGAGCUGAAUUUGGGGGAAGUUGAAACAAGCUCGAUUGAUCAUCGCCCUACAGCUGUGGAUGAUUGGAGAGAGGUUUUGGAAGAGGGAGAAUAUGUAUCGGAAGUGAAGAGCAUGCAGUCCCCGGUUGGGGUACCGGAAGAAGGAGAGGAGGGGGGUGAGGAACAAAACAUCUCAAGCAUCGAGGCUGAGGACGGAAUGGUGAUGGAGGUAGAAGAGGAGGGAGGGGAUAUGUGUGGUUCAGAGGUUGACAACGAGCCACUGCAGUUAUAUGGAGAAGUGGGAGGGAGCGAUGAUGAGGAGUGGGGGAUCUCAUGCAAAGGUAUAAUUCCAAUGUGA